AUGAAGCAUGCUACUAUAUAAAUUAUAUAUCAAAUGUAACUGUUAUGUUAUAAGUUAAAUUAUAUUGUUUGGAAAGAAGAGCGUCCUUACAGAGACACUGAUGACGCAUUCUAUCGAAUCCACAUGUAAAUCGGUUGCUAUAGAAGCAAGAUUGAGGACGCCAGGGAGAAGAGACAAGUUGCGAUCCUCCGCAACGAUGAAAUAAUGUCAAAACAUCCCUACAGCACACUGCAUAUUCCAGUGUUGGAAGUUCUAGAUAAAAGUGUGAAAUGCCAGGUGACGAUGAUAGGCGGCGGGCAUACCUUGCUUUGCUUGUGGCGAGAGGGCAUUCGCCUUCGCAACGUAAACAGAAGCAACACUGUGCAGUUUCAUGGUUUCGUAAUGGUGUUUCGUACCGGGGAACGUCAUCGAAGCAAUCGUAGAAAUGCGAGUUGAUAGAAGCUUGCUUCGAUCUUUAAGAGAAACACUAUCGCACGUAAGGUUAGCAGGCUAGCAGAUUGAACUAACCGUCGUCAGCCAAGCGAGAUCAUAGCAGACUGGAUUACCGAAAAUUGCGUUGAUUCUCGUCAUUGACUGUUCAGAGGUAACGUGUGACUUUCCUUAUUUAUUGCUACUAUUCCUGAAAAGCAUAUUAAUCGUUGUUUUCAACAGUUUUGUUUGCCAAUUGUUUUCUGUAACGAAAGGUAAUAGAUUGUGUAGCAACGGCGAAUCAGAACGGAGAACAAUGGCAUCUAGCGAGUCUGAUUAAUCUCUGCGCUUCACGUCGAAUGGCCUCCACCCAAAAGAGAGUAAUCUGUGGGUAAUCUUUUAUAAUACCUCUAGAGGGGCGAAUUAAGAAGCAAGGUUUAUAUGCAAAAGUGAAAUUCCGCCACACAGCCAGCCACGGAGGAAGGCGAGACCGACUGCUAUCGAUGACGCAAAGAGAUUUGCACAAUAACAGGCGAUGAUUUUUUUUCUUCAUUCAUUUCUUUCGAUUGAAACCGAUGCACCACGCGAGCUCUGGGUGUGUAAUGGAAUGAACUGCCAGCGUUAUUAGCAAAAUUUUUAAACCAAAUUGAAGUAAAUGAGCAAAGAUGAAACAAUAGGUCCCGGCAGCGAGACAAAACACAGUAGACGAGUGUGUGUGCGUGUGGUGUGUAGCACUGAAUCGUGGCAACGCCAUGGCGGCGCAUGUACACCCUAGAUCAAUCUCUUUUACGCGUUACAAUUAAAACGGAAAGCAAAGAAGAUGAUAAAAUAAAUGGUACCCCUUACACCGAUU